CGGGGCAGGAGCGUACUGGGGAGGGAGCUGCGGGCUCCGUGUCCGUGACUUUCAGUGCUUCUUUUUGGGGCUGAGUGACGGUCUGCACCGACUCGUCCUCCCAAAGAUGCAUCCUGACUUGUCUCCACACUUGCACACUGAAGAAUGCAACAUCUUGAUUAACUUGCUUAAGGAAUGUCACAAAAAUCACAACAUUCUGAAGUUCUUUGGUCACUGCAACGAUCUUGAUCGGGAAAUGAGGAAGUGCUUGAGGAAUGAGUACUCAGAGAAGAGGACCAGGAGCAGGGAGCACGGCGCCGCGAUGCGAAGGAGGCUUUCUGAUCCUCCAGAGGAAGCUGGAAGUUAGGCUCACUGGAUACCUCAGCUGGGAGACCUGAAGGUGCCUGGUAGCCGGAAAAAAAAAAAAAAAUCCCUUUUUGGCUUCUAGGACUCUGAAUAAGAAGUACUGUGAAGAACUGGGCCAUGGAGAAUCAUGAGAGUGUGGUUCUCAGUACUUGCUGAACUUCAGUGCCAUGCGGGUGCCUGUGAAAGUCUCCUCUGCUGCCGCCCUGAGUGUGCAUCCACCUAGUCCUGACUCAGCUCCUGCAAUAAAGUCAUUGGACAGCGAGGGCCUCCGUUUCUUUAACCCCCUUGGGGCUAGAUCGAAAGUGGUGCCUGUAGGAUCCUCUGUUUGAGGACAUGGUGGUUGAAGGUUACGCAGUGAAGACACAAACUGACAUGGGAAUUGUGGGGAACUACACUGAAGUUCCCAGCUCUGUUGUUUUAAAGAGCCAUCAUCUGAAAGGUCAGCUAUUGCUGGUUAGCUUCAAAUUGUGGAGGAAAACAUUUGAAAACAAAAUCGGGCCUGUAGUGACCACACACAUGUUCUUGCCAUUCUUUAAAUAACACAGUAUAGCUAUCACUUUACAGUUUACAUGUUAGGCGUGAAGUAAGCUAGAGUUAGUGUGGCCACUGGUGGAAGUGUUUGGGUUUAUGCAAAUACUUUGCUCUUAAGGGGCUUGAGCCUUUGCAGGUUUGAGUAUGGAAGGUUCUAGAAACAGCACUGCCUGGCCCUCUGGAGCAAUGACUAAUGUGGAUAAGAUUGCAUCCUGCUAGGGCCCCAUUGUUUGGUUAAGUGUUCUCACCAUGGGUACAGUUAACUCCUAGGCUCUAGCCUAGAACCCCAGUGCUCUUCUUGCGUUCACCCCCUACCCCCACCUCCCGAAUACUACUUCCUGUGGUUUCUGACCACAGGAAGACCUGUGACAGUUUGGAACCCAGCAACUUCAGCCACUGCCGCAGCAGGGUGUCUCAGGCUUUCUCAAGAGCUACAAAACCGACCAAGCUAUAAGCUUCUUGCACUGUUUUGUGUAUAAUGUUUGUAUGAAACCCCACUGGUAUUUAAUAAAUGAUUUUUCUAUUGAA